AUAGUAAAUUUCGUUUAACUCUAAUAUAGUAUUCAUAAGUUAGCAUAGCUUUCAUAGAAUUGAAUUUGUAGUUCAAUCAGAAAUGUUAGCGAUUACUAAAUUAAUCAUUAUUUUUAGUUUUACAGCAAUCACUGUAUGCAAUGGUUUACAAUCGGAUCCAUUUAUACAUCACGUCAAACGACAGGUCAACUCAUGGACACAAUUACAAAACGAUGGACCGGUAGUUCAGCCAAUAAUGAGACAGCAGAUGGUGCCGCCAUGUGAUCCUCAUUCAAUGGGAUCGGUAUUUAAGAGGUCAGCCCUAACGCCUCAAACAUCUAACGCUUUCCCGGGUCUUGAAAAAUAUUAUCUCAGCGAAGAUCAAAGUGAUGUCACAUUUGUUGGCAUAAAUGGUACUAAACUGCCGGCACAUAAGUUUGUUUUGGCGGCCAAGAGUUCAACUUUUGACCAGUUCUUCAAAGAGACUCCUAAUAAAAAUCAACACAACUUACAGGACAUGGGUUACGAAGACAAUGUGUUUAAGGUAUUACUUCAUUAUCUUUACACAGAACAGCUAAAGUUAGAUGAAAGUGAAAAUCGGUAUGAGUUGGCACGUGAUGUCUACAAGAUUGCUCGCAAGUUUAAUGUCGAUGGACUCAUGAAACUGGUAGAGCUUAUGUUCGGUCAGACCAUAACAAUGGAUAACUAUCUGGAAGUGCUUAAGUAUGCCCAACACAAUCAAAUGCACGAUUUGAUGAGACACUGGACUGGAUUUGUUUUUCAACACUCGCCGCAAAUUAUAUCAGACGAGGCUUUCAUGAAUGAGACGGUCGAUACGGCCAAACAGGUCCUAAUGGCGCUCAACGCUCAACCAAAUUAUAUAUUAUCAAAGAUCAAGAAAAUACUGGCGGAUAAUCCGACACUUCGUGUCCAACAAUUGCAAUCUAUAGUUCCCGUCGAUCGUUGCAAUAUUGAUGACUUGUUGACGUUGAAUGAGAUCCAGAUGUAUGACCAGACAUUUUUGCUCAAUGAAUCCGUCAAACGAUUCAAGAUUUUGCGCGACAUUGAGUGUCAUCGCAUACCGUUUCCCAGAUUUCAUAUGAAUGAUCCGAUGGCACACAAACAAAAUAUGGAGUCUAUGAUGUAUAAGCCAAAUAUGGUCAGUAAUGGUCAACCUAAUCAACCAAAUACUUUGAAUACCCAAACAGUUGAAGAAAAUUAAUUAAUUAACUAAUGAUUAUUAAUUAAUGAUGUUUUAUGACUAUCUAUAUUGGAUUUAAUGUUA